AUAACAACAUACCUUGGUAAAAGGGACUUCAUUGACCACCUGUCUCAUAUUGAUCCUAUAGAUGGAGUCAUCCUGGUCGACCCUGACUAUCUCAAGGAUCGGAAGGUGUUUGCCCACAUCCUGGCUGCAUUUCGCUAUGGCCGGGAGGAUCUGGAUGUGUUGGGACUGACUUUCAGAAAAGAUUUGUAUCUGUCUUCUAUGCAGGUGUACCCUCCAGUGAAAGACAGUAAGGAAGCCAAGCCUCUGUCACGUCUACAAGAGAGGCUGAUUAAAAAGCUGGGACCAAAUGCCUACCCAUUCUAUUUUGAGCUGCCACCAAAUUCUCCAGCUUCUGUUACUUUACAGCCAGCUCCAGGAGACACUGGAAAGCCAUGUGGUGUUGACUAUGAACUCAAGACGUUUGUGGCUGACAACAUAGAUGAAAAGCCACAUAAAAGGAACUCUGUCCGCCUGGCCAUCCGAAAACUGACAUAUGCCCCGGAGGAACCUGCUCCCCAGCCCAAUGCCGAAGCUGUCAAGGAUUUUAUCAUGAGCCCUGGAAGUAUAAGGCUGGAAGCUUCCCUGGACAAGGAAAAAUACUACCAUGGAGAGAGUAUUGCAGUCAACGUACUAGUUGACAACAACACCAACAAGACUGUGAAAAAGAUCAAAAUCUCAG